AUGAAAUACACGUUUGCUACACUUGCCCUUGCGGCAGUAGCGGUUGCCGCUCCAACAUACCAGGCGCCAGAUUCAUUCAGCAUCAAGAACGUUGUCUCUGCUGGAUCCGGCUGUCCACAAGGCAGUAUCGAUAUCGAAUGGAACGAGAACGGCACACUACCCAUCUACUUCAACAAGCAAUUCACUGCUCGCGUCGGUGUUGACAAAACUGCCGACGAGUCGCGAAAGAACUGCCAAAUCAACCUGGCCCUACAAUUCAGUCCAGGCUUCUCAUUCGCUGUCUUCAGCGCCGACUACUCAGGUUGGGGUGAUCUUGACACCGGCGUCACAGGUGUUGUGAAAUCCACAUACUACUUCUCUGGAUCGCAGGACCAAACUUCAUCAGCGCUGAGCCUCAGCGGUCCCUUCCAUGGGGGAUACUACAAGCAGGAUAACGUUGCAGCAGCAGUCUGGUCCCCCUGCGGUGGGGAUGCAAUGUUCAAUGUCAACAGCGAGGUUGCCUUGACGCCUUUGGCUACGCCUGCCAACGGAGUGCUUGCUUCGACGAGAGAAGCCGGGAGAUUCACGUCGAAUCUGUAUGUUCGAUGGAAGAAGUGCUAA